AUGGUCGUCGUUUCGGUAUAUCUGGACGCGUGUCCAGCGGCAUGUUCAAACCACGGAACGUGCGUUUCGGAUACAUCCGCUUUUUGCAUAUGCGAUGUUGGGUUCACCGGAUCCAGUUGUGAUGCUCCGGCGUCUGCCGUUUCCGCUGCUGUCGUUGAGACUUCUUCAAUUGGGUUUUUCGCCCGUUGGUUUUCUUCUUUCUUCCAUAUUUUCUUUCUUAUUUCGUUCGUUCCAGUGCUCCCGUGGCUCCUGUUCGGACUCGCUGUCAUCUGGAUUGGUGUGUCGCAUGUUCGCCGUUGGUACGCUCGACGUCGUCGUCGUUCAGUCGCAGUUCAGACGACGCUCUCCAUCUCACCGCCUGCCGAUCCAUCCGCUCCGGCCGCCAAAGACUCGACAGUUGUUCCGUUUCCAAGCUAUCUCUCAAUUUCAUCAACACCAUUAAAUAAAGAGAAGCUCCGGAACGAAGCAGUUGCCGAGGAGAGGGAGAGCCCAGUUGCUUUGUUCAUCUGUCUACCUGAUGGAGAAUAUUUCAACCGCAACCGUCUUAAACAUCUCAUGGCGGACAAAAGCGGUCUUGGCUGGUUGAUCUAUAUUUCUUUACCACUGAACCACCUGCAUCACCCAAAGAGCUCUCACUCUACAGUGACGUUUUUACUUGCCGACCUCCAUCAUACCGCCAUACAACCCAAUAAAGAUUCUACUCAUGGAUACACACACUACAAAACAUCGUUCCACAGUUAA